AGUUUUUUUCAUUCUACUGACCAGAUUCAAGUUUUGUAUUUUAAAUCCUCUUAUCUUUCACAGUCUGUACUUGUAUUUUAAAACAUGUCACCAUGGAAAUGUUCCAUAUUUUUAUCCGCUUCCUUGGCUUUAUUUGAUGCAGCAAAACACUGAGUCAAUCUGAUGAUGCAAUGUGUUUCUGAACCACGAUAAAUGAGGGACGUGACCAGAUGAAUACCCCAACUCCCCCCACCCUCACACACAAACACACUCCUCUACUCACAUGAGCAUAGAGCUCAGCUUCUCUAUGGUAUUUCCCACAAUAACAUCCCGCGUCGACACACUGACUCUGUCAUUUUGUCUCUGACCCCUCCACUCUUCUCUCUGUCCCUCUCUCUGUCCGUCACCUCCAGGGACCCGGACCAGUCUGAGGACAAACAUCUCCUGGUUUCAGACCUUGUCCUUAUAACUGAGAAAUCAACAUGAGCAACAUCAGAGGACGCCCAGUGAAAAUGCUGAUGAUCCUGCUGGGUGUCAUUGGUUUGAGUUAUGCUGCCAUUCAGAGACCUGACUACGAUGAUACACCCAACCCGGAGUUCCUCAACCCGUCCUGGAUGGCCAGUAUCCCUGAUGAUCGUCUGCUGUCUGAGAUCACCAUGCCUGGGACACACAACGCCAUGGCCCUGUACGGCGGUGUGUAUGCUGAAUGCCAGACCUGGAGCUUGGCCUCCCAGCUCAAAGCAGGUGUCCGCUUUCUGGACAUCCGUGUGCGUCACGUCAAUGGGAACCUCACCAUCCAUCAUGGGGUGUCAUAUCAGCGGGCACAUUUUGGCGAUGUGCUGGAGGGUGUGGCUGACUUCCUGCAGGAGUAUCCCAAUGAGACUGUGCUAAUGCGUGUGAAGGAGGAGUUCAGCGAGACCUAUGACAUCUACGGUGCCGUGGUGGACCACAUACAUCGCUAUGCUCACUGGGACCUGCUGUGGCACAGCCGGCUCGUGCCAACCAUGGGAGAGGCCAGAGGGAAGCUCAUCAUCCUGCAAGACUUUCCAGGGCCAGACUUGGGAAUGCGCUAUGGAUCCAUGGACAUAGCAGACAACUGGAGGGUUCCCACACUUCUGCACGUGGAGGAAAAGUGGCAGAGCGUCUAUGAACACCUGGAGGCUGCACCUGCAGGAAACAUGGCCCAGAUCUUUCUCACCUACAGCAGUGGAGCUGGCGUGUUUGCAUACCCCAGAGCCGUCGCUCAGCGCAUCAAUGCACAACUGUACGACUACCUGAGGGCCAAGACAGACCUGAACCAGCGCCUUGGAAUCAUAUGCAUGGACUUCCCUGCUGCUCCCAUUAUUCAAAUGAUAAUUGAUUUCCAGCUAAAAGAGGUCACAAACAGAAGACAAGCCUUUAACCCACUUUCUAGCAAGGCAAGUUUGAAAUAUAAAAUUUCUUCUCUGAGAAAGAAGAUGAACAAGCAUUUUAAUAUUAAUGUCUGAGCCAAAGUCAAGCAUGUUAAGGGAAAAGUAGACCGAUCAAUAACUGUACAAUCAAGGAGGCCUCACUAUGGAUGCCAAAUACAGCAGUUGUAGCUUGGAUGCAAUAGCGAGGUGUAACCUUUCAGCUCUACUGUUAUGAAUAUAUGAUUUAAAUUAUACCUCAGAUUAAACUUGUCAUUGUGUCAGUCACCAAAGACACUGGAAA